AUGAGUCGCAGAAAUAAUAACGGAAAUGCCAUCGCGGAUAAUGGACGAAAAUACUGCGACGUUUUCAUCAACCACAGAGGGAUUGACACGAACCGCGGCGUGGCGUCGCUGCUGUACGAUCAUCUGGAGCGGUUUCGAGUCCGAUGUUUCUUGGACAACAAGAACAUGAAGCCUGGGGACAAGCUGUUCGACAAGAUCGACGGCGCCAUUAAGGAUUGCAAGGUCGGGGUGGCCGUGUUUUCUCCCCGCUACUGCGACUCCUAUUUCUGCCUCCAUGAGCUCGCGCUCAUCACGGAGUCCAAGAAGAAGGUCAUCCCCAUCUUCUGCGACGUUAAGCCGUCGCAGCUCCGCGCCGUCGACGACGGAGCUCUGCCGCCGGCUCAAAUCGAACGCUUCAACUCGGCACUUGAAGAAGCCAAGCUCACCGUUGGACUUGCUUUCAACUCUCAUCAAGGGAACUGGGCAGAUGUUGUGACAAAUGCUGGGAACAUAGUGAUGGAGAGUUUGAUGGAGAUUGAGGAGGAAAAACAUAAGAGAAAAUGA